UCCCCCUCACCCCACUCCUCUUCCUAUUUCCCAAGUUUAUAUAGUCUUGAAGUUCUCCUUUCAAAUCCUCUAUUGUCUGUCCUUAAAACUCCAAAUAAACUUCAUUCAUUAUUCUGUCUCUCUUCCAUUUUUUGUGCAUGCUUAUCGAGAUGACGAUGAGCAAUAUUAACCAGCAUCACAACAACAACAUGGUGGGUGAGAGAGAUACAACGUUGACAAAAGUGUUUGUGGGAGGGCUGGCAUGGGAAACUCCCAAAGAAGCCAUGAGAGAGCACUUUGAUAAGUACGGUGAAAUCUUGGAAGCUGUCAUCAUCUCUGACAAGCUCACCGGCAGAUCCAAGGGCUAUGGCUUUGUGACUUUUAAGGAGGCAGAAUCAGCCAAAAAGGCAUGUGAGGAUGCAACUCCCAUUAUCAAUGGCCGUCGAGCCAACUGCAAUCUGGCAUCUCUGGGCGCACGGCGUUCCAGACCCUCUCCCUCUAUCACUACUACUACUACUCCUCCUCCUCCUCCCCAAGGACCGAAUGUGGUAGGACCAAGGGCCAAUUCAGCAUCACCUGCAAGUCACGUGCAGUGGUAUUAUCCUGCUGCGGCACCACAAGCUGCAGCUUCGGCUUCACCAUUUCACCAUCAGCACCAUCAUCAACCACUUCCUUUCUAUGGGUAUUCUCCAGCUUACAUUGCCACAGACAUGAAUUACAAUCAUAAGCUAAGCUACACUGGUGGGGCCUACAUGAAUGGUGGACAUUUCUCUCAAGUGUAUCCAGGUCAGCCAAUGAUGGGUGGCAACACAUUGAUGCCAAUGUAUCCAUACUAUCACUACCAUCAUCAUCAGACACAGACAAUGGGCCUUCCAGCCCAUAUCUACUCUCCAACAGCUGCUGGCCCAAUGGCUGCUGUCCCUGCCCUUAUGUCAAAGUCCACAUCAGUUCCUCCUACUGCAGUUUGUUUGGCUGUGGAAUAGGUACAUUUAUGAUCAAAAGGGUGAUGGCAAAGAGCAAUUAGAUUUGGAGAAAGGUGGUGUUUGGAUCAAAUAACAAACGAGGAUGAUUAGGCUGCUCAGAACAAUGCUAUUAUUAGAGAUCUGCAGUGGCUCUUCUAAUUAAUUUCCAAUUUCAUUUAUUUUUUACUUUUCUCUUCUUUGUAAUUUUUUAAGCAAGAAAAAAGAGAUUAUUAUUAUCAA